UAUAAAUUUGUUUUUUUUUUACGGUAGCAUGCGCUUCCACAACGAUCAACUAGCCUCGCUACUGUGGAUGCGGGUUGUCUUCUUUUGUCACUGUCGCGUCUGAAUUUACCGGCGGGCGAAAGAAGAGGCCGGGAACGACCGUGGUCACUUUGAGACGAAGACGAACGCCGCCAGCUCCGCCUUUGCAGGGGCCGACCAACAAGCCACCUCUCGGUGCGCCUUCUUUGCGCACGGACAGCUGCGAUGCUUUGGAGGUCUUGGCAGGCGCAAAUGAAAACAUUUUCUUUUUUCUCAAGCCGCUCCGCUCCCCCAGCUUUCCGUCUGUUAAGUGUGACAGAACGCGGGGAUCUGUUCUGGAUCCGAUGGCUGGUGACUCCAGGUCUGCCGGCCGAAGUCCCGGCCCUAGGGCGGCAGGCGACUCUGGAACAUCUGGAUCUUCUGCUGCUCCUGAAUCUCCAGUGAAUGAUGCUGGUUCACAGAGAUGGUCUGAAGGGGUAGCGUCAACACAUGCAGGGAGCUCCGGUGUGUUCGAUGCAGCCACAGAGUGUAGCGGAGUGCGCGGUGCCGCGGGUCUCGAUUCUCUCACAAUCUGGCACCGCUCAAAUCCCUUCGACUCCCGGUGGCGAGUGGUCAAGAUUGUCUCAGGUUUCCUGGCUCUUCUAGGCGCUGCUGUUUUCCUGGGUAUUGCUGCGGCGGCUCUGCAUAGCGUUGUUGGCGACUAUUUCUUCACCCAGGGGACCGUCGGUGGUCUUAUGCACCGAAACCUAACCCCAAUUGUUCUUGCGCUUGCGUCCUCACAACUUGUCCGCUUCCUCAUCACUCUUUUUUUGAUUUUUGCUGUCAGCGCCGCUGUAUUCACUACCUUGUCUGAACUCGCCGCGCUCGACUGUUUCCCAGGGAAUCCCGUGAUCGAGUUUUUCAGGAGAAACUUCGUUGGCUCUGCUGGAGCUAGCCAGCCUCCCUCACGCUUCCAGGCAGUCGAAGAAACAGAGCUCUCUCAUUCUCUCGCAUCGCGGCAUGGACUUCGAGUUGACAGCGAUGGUGAGAACGAGGAAAGUAGCAACGCUCUGCAUGGGGCCACGAGGUCGACGGGAUUCGGCGGUGAGAAAGGACAAGGCGCACAGGGUGGAUCUCAGGAAAACAGCCUCCGCACCAGUUCUACUUCCUGUUCAGUUUGGUGGCAUCCUUUGCAAAAAAGGCUUAGGCAGUUGCUCGCGAGUCUACUGCUGAUCCUGGGGUACAGAGGGCCACCACCGUCAAGAGACUGCGCGCUUGAAAAAGGCAGUUGCAGAAGCUUGGGAAACCGGCGCGGUGAGACGGAAAAAUCUCGGCAAAGCUGUUCGCCGUCAUCCCGAGACGUGUGUUUUAUCAAAACUGCCCCCGGAAAGGAUGAAACCGGUUCUGAAGAGGAUGUGGACAUCCCGCAGGCGGACUCGCCGAGUGACGGCGUGAGACGACGCGCGGAUCGCCAAAACAGAAUUAGUGGUAAUGGAACUUCUGGUAGCUCAGGGAAGCUUUCACAAAGAAGCAAAUUCGACAACGACUGGCUGGUUGUCGAGGAAGACGAUAGCAAAUAGAAACUUUGAGCCAUGGACCCCGGUGUGUAGAAAAACCUCGAGUUCCAGCACAGUUCUGGAAGAGUUUGAAGGUUCUGUAAGCUGUUGGCGGUGCCAGCGAGGGCGGAGUGAGACGCUGGCUUCUCCACAAAAAUACCCUCAGUGUCGAGGAGUUGCAAUUUUUAUCACGUGCGUGAAUAUCCAGUGGGGAGACACUCCGGAUCUUGGAAGUGGAAUGAUUUGCACCGGUGAUGUCAUCAAAAGGGUGAUACUGACGUUUCACAGGGCCCUUUUUCCGUUGAAAAUACAUGGCCCACUUAAGAAAUACGUUCGCGACUCUAUCGAAAUACGCCUGCGGUGUUUCAUGAGUUCCGUAAUGCAACACAGCCUCUGGUCCACUACAUACCCAAGGUUCUGAAGCGGCGGUCCUCCACUGUUUGUCGCACGACUCAAGAUCCACCAAGAAACAAUUCGCAUCUUGUGACAUUAAACAUACGGUUUUCCUCGAGCAACUAUCCGUGCUGCGCUCCCUCGCCGCGCUUCAAUCUGUCAC